AAAGCGCGCGAAAGGAACAAGUUGGAUACGUGUCAACAUGCCCUGCGUUCUUCCUUUCGUAGCAAAAAUGUUUAAAUGACAACACCAAACCAAACCAAACCAGUUCUUGUCUUAAACGUAAACCUUCCUUCCUCCCUGCUUUCUACUGUUUUCUAUUUGCUACUUUGCUUGGAUCGAUCCCCAGUCGUCUACCUUCUUCAAUGGAAAUUCUUCAUCAAUCUCAUACUUUCCCGAUCAGAGACCGGCGAGCCGACUCCCUAGGCGAUUUCAAAUAUAUCCCCGACGAAAUCAUUUGCACCAUCUUAGAUUGUCUCACUCCUCUAGACCUCGCUCGUCUCGCUUGUGUCAGCAGUUUUAUGUAUAUAUUCUGCAAUGAAGAGCCGCUUUGGAUGAGUGUUUGUCUCAAGAAAGUCAGUGGUCACAUUCAAUACAAAGGCUCCUGGCAAAAGACAACAUUGCAUUUAGAGAAUUUGCCGAAUGAGUAUAUAGAAUUUUGCAGAAAACCAUUGCAGUUUGAUGGAUUUAGCUCUCCAUUCUUAUACAGAAGAUUAUAUAGAUGCCAUACAACAUUGGACGGGUUUUCGUUUGAUGAUGGAAAUGUUGAAAGAAAAAAUGACAUAUCUGCAGAACAGUUUCAUCGCGAAUAUGAUGGGAUUAAACCGGUUUUGCUUAAUGGAUUGGCCGAUACUUGGCCUGCAAGGAAAUCUUGGACAAUUGACUGGCUAGUGCCCAAAUAUGGAGAUACAACAUUCCAGAUUUCUUCCCCUUUAAAAGUUUCGAUGACAUUCAAAGAUUAUGUAUCGUACAUGAAACAACAGCAUGAUGAGGAUCCUCUUUAUAUUUUCGAUGACAAGUUUGGAGAAUCUGCACCUGGUUUGUUGAAAGAUUACACUGUACCCCAAAUAUUUCAAGAAGACUUCUUUGAUGUUUUAGAUAAAAAUCGACCAUCAUUCAGAUGGCUUGUUAUUGGUCCAGCAAGGUCUGGUGCCUCUUGGCAUGUUGAUCCCGGACUUACCAGUGCCUGGAAUACUCUUCUAUGUGGUCGUAAAAGGUGGGCAUUGUAUCCCCCAGGAACAGUUCCAUUGGGUGUUACAGUGCAUGUAGACGAUGAAGAUGGUGAUAUUAGUGUUGAUUCUCCAACUUCAUUGCAGUGGUGGCUUGAUUUCUAUCCGCUUCUUGCUGAUGAAAACAAGCCAAUUGAGUGUACUCAACUGCCUGGGGAGACCAUUUUUGUUCCGAGCGGAUGGUGGCACUGUGUCCUGAAUCUGGAAACAGCCAUCGCUGUGACACAAAAUUUUGUGAAUUCUAGAAACUUUGAAUUUGUAUGUCUAGAUAUGGCACCGGGUUACUGUCAUAGAGGAGUAUGUCGUGCUGGUUUGCUUGCUCUUGAUGAAGACAGUUUAGAGAUCAUCGAGAAGAACAUGCCCUGCGAGAAAGAAAAUUUUAGGUGCUUAGACCUGACAAAGAAAGAGACGAAAGCCAGAAUUCUAAGACCUCAACAGAAUGAAAAUGGAAAAGAAAAUGCUAAUGGGAGCUAUAAUGUAUGGGAACACGAUUUUUCUUUUGAUAUAAAUUACUUGGCCAUGUUUCGGAAUAGAGAGCUAGACCACUUUACUUCUCCAUGGUGCCCAGACAAUUCCUUAGGGCAGCGAGGUUUGAGGGAAUGGCUGUCCAGGCUUUGGGUUGGAAAUCCUGGAAAGAGAGAAAUGAUUUGGAAGGGAGCUUGUCUUGCACUAAAUGCAGACAAAUGGUUGGAUUGUUUGGGGAAAAUCUGCUUCUUUCACAGUUUGCCUUUUCCCAGUGAGAAUGCAAAGCUUCCUGUUGGAAUGGGCAGCAAUCCUGUCUAUGUCAUGGAUGAAUAUGUGGUCAAAAUCUUUGCUGAAGGAGGGCCGCAAUCUUCAAUAUUUGAUUUGGGCACUGAGCUUCAAUUCUACAGCACUCUUUCUGAAGUUAACUCUCCUCUGAAAAACCACAUUCCUAAUGUAUUAGCUAGUGGGAUUCUGCACUUGGAAAAUGGAUCUUACAAUAUUGAUUCUUGGGAUGGUAAAAAAGUGCCUGAUGUGAUUAGAAAGUGCAGUUUGAUUCCAGAGAAGGGCACAGGUGAUGUCUUUCCCUUUGGUGUUCAGAGCAAGAUACUGUUUACGUACAGAAAAGAUGUGUCGCCAGAAAAUGGACCAGACGAUUCAGAUGAAUCUACUAUUGUCUUGCUGCCUUAUCUUAUAACAAAGCGUUGCAAAGGAGAGAUAUUUACUGAAUUAAGAAAUGUAUUGCCAUGGGAAGAUGUGCUUAACUUAGCUUCCUUUUUAGGAGAGCAACUACGAAGCCUUCAUAUGUUGCCCUAUCCUUCCUUCAGUAAUUCAGAUCUUUCAGAUUUUGAACAGAAUAGGGAGUUUUCCUCUGCCAAUGACAUGGACAUGGAGUUUGUCUCCAACGAAUCUGAUAUUCCAGUUGAAUGGAAAAUCUUUGUGAGAACUUUAACGGAGAAGAAGAAGAAUGUUUCCGGCCGCUUGAGUAAAGGGAGCGGUUCGAUUCCUAAAACGCUUAUAGAGAAAGCUGAAGCAUACCUUCCAGAUGAUUUUCUGAAGCUGCUUUCUAUAUAUGAGGAAAAUGGCAUGAAAAAAGUUGGUAAGCCUUGGUCCUGGAUACACAGGGAUAUUAUGGAUGACAAUAUUUACAUGGAAUGCAAAUCUUGCUCAAAUGGAAUUCCUGCGCCAACAAGUAAUGGUGGAGUAGCUAAAUCUUGGCGCCCUACUUACAUCCUUGAUUUCAGUAAUCUUGCUGUAGGUGAUUCCAUUAAUGACUUGAUACCCAUGCAUUUAGAUGUGUUUAGAGGGAAUUCCGAUCUGCUUAAGCAGUUUCUGAAAAGCUAUAAACUUUCUUUGAUGAGAAAAACACCGAAGCAAGGUAGCGAAGAUGAUAAGUACGGACGACUUUCGUACCAUGCCAUGUGCUUCUGUAUUUUGCAUGAUGAGAAUGUAUUGGGUGGUCUAUUUAAAACAUGGAAGGAACUUAGAGCAGCAGAGUCAUGGGAAGAAGUUGAGCUUCAAGUUUGGGGAGAAUUAAAUAACUAUGAAGGCUUUCCUUGAUUCACUUCUCAUAAGAGCACCCCGAUGAAUGCUUAAUGCAGCUUAUUAAAUUUUUUUUAUCCUCUUUCGUUUCCUUUUAAAAUUUUAUCUUUCUCAAUACCCUCUGCAGAAGUUGGGAGUUACAGGAAAAGGAAAUUAACCCAUUUUUUGGUUUUCUCUUCAAGUUUUGAAAGGAAAUUAACCCAUUUUUUGGUUUUCUCUUCAAGUUUUGAAAGGUUGGUUUUCAUUCGCAGAUAUUUGUUUUCUAUUUCAUGAUCCAAUUAUUACAUGUUUUAUA